CGCGCCGCCGCCCCGCAAUCACAGCCCGUGCCGCCGUCGCCAAGGUCUUGCGCUUGUUGUCAUCUGAUGGACGACAAGAGUAAUGUGAAGAAGGAAAUAGAUGGAUCCCUUGCGCCCCGUCCUCGCAAGGGAGGACUUAAAUUCGCACCCAGGAAGCCUCCAAAGAAACCUGCAAAGGUUAUUCCGAAAACGGAGCCUGUUGAGGAGAGCAAGGAUGAAAUCAUUGAUAAGGAAUUGCUGAUGAAACUCAAGACAUCACAAAGCACUGAUCCAUUUGGAAGAAGACCGAAGAUUGAGAAAAAGGAAAACCAUACAGAGGUCGCAUUUGGACAAGGGAAUUCUUCCUAUGCAAGAUCGUUUCCUACUCGACAUUAUGCAACAGCACCAAAAGAACCAAAAGAAUAUGUCGAUCCAUGGGACUAUACACAUAGCGAUUAUCCUGUUACUCUCCCACUUAGGAGGCCCUACUCUGGGGAUCCUGAAAUUCUUGAUGAAGAGGAAUUUGGAGAGUCUUCUGCCAGCAGAGGUCAGGAUGAUGAAUUAACUGCAGCAGACGAACUUGGAUUAAUGGAACGGUCCGACACACCACAGUUACUCUUCUUCCAGUUACCUUCGUCUCUUCCUUUACCAAAGCAGGCACAAGUUGAAGAGCCAGAUAUGGGCUCCGAGGAGAAUGCCAACACAAGCUCUAAAGUGGCACGUGAGCAAAGAAGGCCAUCAUCAUUGCCUGGCUCUAAAAUCAAAGAUUUACCAGCAGGUCACAUGGGGAAGAUACUCGUAUAUAAAAGCGGUAAAGUGAAAAUGAAGAUCGGAGAUGCUCUAUUUGAUGUAUCUCCUGGCUCAAACUGCUUGUUCGUCCAAGAGGUUGCAGCGAUUAACACAAGAGAGAAACACUGCUGCACCCUGGGAGAGAUCAGUAAGCGUGUGGUUAUAACCCCGGAUGUUGACUAUCUGCUGGAUCCUACUGAUAAGAUGGAAGAAUAAGCCCAUCUUUGAAUGGGAUGUUCUUCAUGAGAACAAUCUAUGAGUAUGCUUGCCCUUCCGGGGCUUCAUUCUAGGAGGGAGGCAUCAAUCUUUUUUCCUCUCCAUAUGCUAAUCUUCUCGGUUUUCGAUGAAAUGCUUGAUCCGCAAAAGAAGAACAAUAGUUGAGUUGGUCAGUCAAUGACAAAUAGGUCACUGCUGAUGCGAGGGGAACGAAAUAAGGUUGUGGUUUUCCUAUGAAAGAUAAGCUUGUGGAGCGAUUUUGUGCAAUGUUCAGGUCUUUUGAUCAAGUUUUCUGAACUGAAGGUACUUAUAUAUGCAAACAACAUUUUCUUUUCUUACCAUGGAUGAUAGUAAAAAUGCAAUGGAUGUGUCAG